UCCAGGACUGACCACAGUCCGACCCCGGCGGCCGUUUGUUCCGCAGCAGGCCCGAGUCAGCCCAUAAAAGUUCGCUGCAACACCUACUCCGUCCAAAGUAGCGCCGGAAAUGGGUUGCGGAGUGUCAAGACCCGCCGCACAGGCGACCAUUGGCCCUAACGCCGCUCUCAAGCAGGCCCAGAUUGACAACCCGCAGCAGAAUGUAAAAAUACAAAAGUCGGCCAAGGCAGACCAGGAAAAGCCAACAGUCCAGCCCGUGGUCAAGGCACCCCUGCCAGUAAGCGAGGCGCCCAAGAAAGCUGAAGCCGAAAAGCCCGACAUCAAGAAGGAUGGGUCACGAGAAGUGGCAGCUGCGCAUGCAGAGAAGCCAAAGCAGGCAGCUGUCGAACCCCAGAAGAUCGAGCCCCAGAAGAUCGAGCCCCAAAAGUCAGCCGAGAAGCUGACCGAGCAGAAACCUGGGCCGACAAGCGAGGCACACACACAUGUCGCCAGCCCCGAAAUCGGGCAUGAAGCCCCAGCCCAGAUCCCCAAAGAGGCAGAAAAGCACGCUGAGAAACCUGCCGAGAAACCUGCCGAGAAGCCUGCAGAGAAGCCUGUCAAAGAAUACCCUGUCACAUACGGUGCCAACGAGCACUACAUGUCGCGUAGCAAUCUCAUCGGAAGUAUCUCCAACCCCGAUCUAGCACCCGAGUACACCCACCAAAAGCAGAGCACAAAGGAGCGCAUGCUCGCACCCUAUGCCGAGUACGAGAUCGAUGGAGUCCGAUACGGAGCCAACGAGCAUUACCACUCUCGAGGAAACCUCAUCGGCACCAUCUCCGAUCCCGACUUUGGCCCGAGGGAGCCGGAGCCCAAAGAAGACAUUGGAUAUUACGAAGCCCAAGAGUCCCAAGAGUCCCAGAACGAAAAAGGCCCAGAAGACCAAUCCGCCGCGGCCGCCGCCUCUACCGAGAGCAAGCCUGCUUCGGACCAGCCUCAGCCCGGCGCCACAGGUUCAAAGGGUGCCGAGCCUGAGGUUGCCGAGUCCAGGGCCGCUGAACCCAAAGCCGAGCAGCCGAUCGCUCCAGAGACCAAGGUGCAUUACGGUGCGAACGAACACUACAUUUCGCGCAGCAACCUGAUCGGCUCCGUUUCGGUCCCAGACAUCGGGCCGGUGGACCAGGCCAAGAGCCACGGAAAGUACCUCUCGAAAGAGCGCCUCAAGACCGAGCACAACGAAGUCGAGGUCGAGGGCGUUCGGUACGGAGCCAACGAGCAUUACCAUUCCCGGGGCAACCUGGUGGGAACUGUGUCCGAUCCCGACAUCUUCGACCCCAACCAUUCUGAGGCACCAACAAAGCCUGCAGCACAGCAGCAUCACCACACAGAGCCGCACAAGGAGAGCCACAGCGAGCACAGCGAGCACAAGGAGCAGCCCGCCAGCGAAGCUGCUGCCCAUACCCACCACAGCAAGGACUAUCAAUCCGAUGAUCGCCAAGUCUUCUAUGGCGCCAACGAGCACUACCACUCGCGCAGCAACCUCAUUGGCUCCGUAUCUGUACCAGACAUGUCGUACUACGAGCUCCAGUCGCACCAGCUCAUAACCAAGGAGCGAGCGCCGAUUGUGCACAACGAAGUCGAGGUCGAAGGUGUCCGGUACGGAGCCAACGAGCACUACCAUUCGCGCGGCAACCUGGUGGGAACCAUCUCCGACCCCGAUCUGUUUGGCCACACUGUUAACACAAAGAGAGAGGCUCCGUCUCAGGCAAGUGAACACCACUCGAAUCAGAGCCACAGUCACCCUCAAGAGCAUUCCGAGCACCAGGAGGCCAGCAGGGACAACAAAGCGCACGAUGAUCACGGUUCCAAGCAGCAGCUUGCCAAGUCCCAUCACGACUUGGAGCACCAGCAACCAUCAGGCAAGGAGCCCAGCCAUCAAUCACGAGGCGCAUCGCUGAGCCAGUUAGCCUCUCACGAAGAGCACGCCAAGUCAGAAGCGCAUGCCGAGCCCAAGGCUGCGAGCAAGGCCGGCUCACUUAACAAGCUCGAUUCCAAGAGCCAGCAGAGCGUCCACUCCAAAGCCGGUUCGGCCAACAACCUCGCUGGAGACAAGUCUGCUGGCGCUGAGGCCACCCCAAGCGAGACCAUUCAGCCGGCACAAGCCAUCAAGUCUUCCAAAGAGAGCCUGGCAGACAGCAAGCCCACCAAGUCGGUCUCAUUGAACAACCUACCGACCGGUGCUGAGGCCAAGAACGAGCCAGCUAUCCCAACGAGCAAGCACGCUUCUCUGCAGAACCUGUCGAGCUCGAAAGAGCAAAUCGCCAAAGGCUCGACUAGCAGCGUUGCCCAGGCCAGCGAUACACGCACGUCCAAGGACAAGCUGCAGAACCACAGUUCGUCCAAGGGCGGCUCUCUGAACGAGCUCGCUCGAUCCGAGGCAAAACCACCAUCCAAAGCCGGCUCGCUGAACCAACUGACGCAAAAGGAAGGAUCGUCUCCUUCGCGGGAGCAGCUUGCCGAGUCCAAGCAGCAAGGCUCUGUCCACUCGGUCCACUCAACCCAUCAGCUCGAAAAAUCGCAGUCCAAGCCUGGAUCGACGCAGGCAUUGCAGGACGAGCAGGCCGCCUCCAACGAAGCAAGCGAUGCUGCCCACAACUCCACGGUGUUUUGAGCUAUGAUUGAUCCCAAAUGCAAAAAAAUAUGCAGAUGCGCCUUCGAGACGCUCAGGUUGGUGGCAUGUCGAGAAUCAUCUGUACGGCCAGGAUGGUUCUCCAGCCGGAGCAAAACUGAUAUACGCAACCGCACAACGAGCAUGGCUCUGCUUUCUCGAUCUGGCAAGGCGAUCCCGCGGAUGUGCCGUUGACUCAAAGCAGCACCCCCUCACUUUCUCUCUCGCUAGAUCCGAAGCCAAUACCUCGCGCUCGUUUCUGGAGUGAACCAGACUCGAGUCAGACUCGCUUGGCCUGAGCUGUCAUCUGUUGACCACAAAGCACAUUCCAGCAUCGCUCUUGCACAAUAGACACAAGCAGGAUGGCUACUGCAGAGCAUCUUUGCGAGUAAAUUCAUGAGUUCUUUCUCUUCCCUCUCUUCCCUCUCUUCCAGCAAGCUAUAUUGUUCUCGAUGACUCGACAAUAAAGAACCGAUGA